AUGGAGGAUCCUGUGAAUGCGAUGCUUUGCCAUCAUGGGUUUCACCCAUCCAUGCUGGCCUGGUGCUCGAUGCAUCAGUUGAAUCUGGGAAUCAUGCAAGACUUUAGCGGAAGCGCUAUUUUGCUCCUAGUGAGAAUCAGUUUCUUCGGGAACUACAAUGCUGAGGAUCAUUUGAGGGAGUCUAUGAAGGAAUGCACCCGUCGCUUUAAGGACUUCUGCAAGCUCCACUCUUUUGAGUGCAGCCAAUGCUGGCUAACGACUGGUAUGCUGCACGACAACCAGACUGGCUGGCCGAGUUUGAAAUUGAAGGCCUACAAUGCGAGAAUCUUUCUGAUGUUUGUGAGGGCAGCAUUGCAAGCUGCCAAAUCUGCGCGAGAAGCUCAAGGCCUUGAAGAAGAUGCCGAGCUAUCCUAUGCUGUGAUGGCUGCGAAAGCUUUGUGUUCGUGGUUCGCCCUGGUCGAACGAGCUGGGCGAUACUUGACUCCGGAGCAAGCUGCCGAGCAGGAGACUGCAGGACUGGUUUUUCUUCGCUGCUAUACAUUCCUUGCCCGCCUUGCUGCUUCGCAAAGCAUUCGAAGGUGGCAUGUCAUAACGAAAUUUCAUGGAUUUCGGCACAUCUUGCAAUCGGCAAGAUUGACUUUAUACAACAGCAGAUUCCUUCAUACAUAUGUCGACGAAGACUUCGUUGGCGUUUGGAUCCGUUUGUCGAGGCGUGUAGCACAUGCUCUCUUCGAGUUCAGAGUGCUGUGUCGCUUCUUGCUGCGGCUGCAAGCCAUGCGAACUGUCGAUCAAAGGUCGGUGCCUGCUCGGUGGAGCUGA